AUGUCCAUAUCGGUUCUACCCAAAGAGAUUCGUCUCCAAUUAUGGGCUCAUGCGUACUUCUCUCAACCGCCCCGUCUAGUCGCGCUCGCAACGAGACCUCAUCAUGAAGACCACAAAGAAGACUCUUUUUGCCCACGAUACUCACCCAGUCCCGCGCCGACCGUCGUCAACAUCUGCCAGGAAGCGCGUGCGGAAGCUCACUACCAGGCCCUCAAGGUGGGACAUGUAGUAACACUUCCAUAUGAUAAUGAACCGAACUACACCAGCGAGGCGUUUUACUUUCGCUUCGAGACGGAUAUCCUGUAUCUACCACUUGAAGGCCCACACGUCAAGCACUACGAUGACUCUCCGGAAGUAGGACUGCUAGCUCAUUUCCGCGAAGCGAUCGGCUGCACGCCUACGCUGCUGCGCAAUAUUGCCAUUGAAAAAGUAGUUUACAGCGGAUUCGAAGACGGCAGCCUGUCCAAUGUCCUGCGCGACUUCCCCACCAUGAAGCGAAUGAUUAUGCUGAUCACGGAGAGAAACAUGAGGGACGAUGCGGUGAAGAAAGCAAGGUUCUGCCGCGCUGCAAGGAGGAUUGAAUGGACGUAUGAAUUCGACCAGUGCAAGACGGGUAGAGAUAGUGAAGAGUGGUUCCGGCCGCGACCAUUUGCGUGUAAUGUAGAUUUCGCUACAAGAAAAGGGGGCGAGCUGGAGAUAGUGCCCAAGGAAGUUUGGAGGGAGUGGACUGCUGAGGGUCCCUCAAUGGAUGACGUUGAGUGA